GGGAGAGAUCAGCGAGCACCGGUGCACCGUCUCUCGAAAGGAUCGUUUCCUUUUGUACGCCUGCUGCGCAACAACGUUGAUAUUGGUCGGGGCAUUCUUCUGCUUGUUCGCUCUACAUCAAAUCAGAAUUGACCGACUCGAGUCUCGCAUCAAUAACAUGGAAGAUACACGUGCGAAGUUCGACUUUGUAGAAGAGAAUGCAAACGAUCACGCCCCUGAUCAUGACUUGCUGCACCGCUAUGCUAGACGAGCUGUCAGUCAAAAUGUCGACGAUACAGGGAGUGUGGACAAGCUUCUAGAACAGAUGAUUUCACUACAGCUGAAGUCACUGCGAGCUCACUGUACAUCAAACCAAAAAAUUUGCAUUCAAGGCCCCAAAGGAAGCGUGGGAGCAAAAGGUGAGAAAGGAAGGCGUGGAUCACAAGGCAAGAAAGGAGAAACGGGUCUUCAAGGAAUGCAAGGUGAGAAAGGUGAAACAGGUGACGUGGGACCACGUGGAACAAGUAUUGACCCUCCCGUCAUCACUCGUUCCCCACUCAGUGUAACCGUAUUACAGAAAGGUUUAGCUGUAUUCGAAUGUGAGGCAAACGGAACACCAACUCCUACAAUCAGUUGGAGAAGGCUGGAUAACUCGCCGCUUCCUAAAUUGAGAGCUUCUGUAUUGCUCACUAAUGCACUAAAAAUUGUUGAUAUCCAACCAGAAGAUGCAGGGUCCUAUGUAUGUGAAGCUAAAAACGUGUUUGGGUUAGAGCAAGGAUACGCCACUCUUGCCGUUCAAGCUCCUCCAUCUUUUGUUAAAGUGUCUUCUGACGUCGUGUCCGUAUUUCCCGGAGACGAUGUCAAGUUGGACUGCUCGACGUCAGGAUAUCCCAUUCCAACGAUUACUUGGUCUCGAGUAGAUGAUUUGCCAAAGUCAAGCAAAAUAGAGAAGAACGGAACUCUCAUUCUUCGUAACGUGACGCAAUCGGAUGUAGGUCAAUACAUCUGUACAGCACAAAACGAUAUUGGAAAGAAGACUCACUCUCUCACUCUCACAAUAGAUUUAAAUAACAUUCCUACUCUUCCUGGAGAAGCUGUUGUUAAUACGGACGCUCUACUCAAGUGUCGACUUUGUUCUCUCCGUGGAUAUUCAUUGACGUGGCAAAAGAUUGGCGGCAGUCUUCCAGCAGGAAGGGCGACGCAAGAAGGUUGCACUCUCAUUAUCAAAAACACGACACUGGAUGACAGCGGAAGAUACGCGUGCAUCGCAACCAAACAGACGGGAGAGAAACUGAGACACGAAGUACCGUUUACGGUUAUAGCUCCUGCUAUUAUCACCAGUCCCAUUUCUCCUAUCGUUGCUGUUCGAUCACAAGGAGAAUUAGAAUUGCGGUGUGCUGCUGCAGGUCCACCCUCGCCGGAUGUCUACUGGACUCGAGGCUCACAACGGUUGACAAGCAGCGAAGCAGGAUUGCUACAGAUUAAGAACAUGAGCCAAUUGUUCGUUGGUGUCUACCGCUGCCAUGCAGUUAACCGCGUGGGCCAAGAUGUUAAAGAUACAAAAAUAGUAAUAUCUCAGUUGCAAUUUGUUCACCGUCCACCAUCCAAUGUGACUCCCAACAGAACAUCUGAAACAAUAUCCAUCGACUGUUCGGCUACCGCCGCACUCGGACUUCCUGUCAAUACGCAUUGGUCAAUCAAUCGUAACAAUAGGAAAAUAGUUGGAUGCGAUAAAAGUAUAUCUGUGUUUUCAAACGGAACGCUGGUUAUUCCUAAUGCAGUCAAUUGCGACUUUGGUGUGUACAACUGCAGCGCUCAACAUGACGGAGAAACUAUUAGCACCACAAUGCAAAUUGUUUCUCUACCCAGAGAUACGAGUUGGAUGUUGACAAGUGACUCAUGUGGAGGAUUCAGGCAAUCUACGUACGACAGAUCAGUUCGUUACGCAGUUUCAUUGUCUGACUCAUGGGAUAAAUCAAAAAUAUACGAUUGUCCUGUUGGAUAUCACUGGGCAUCUACUGAUGAAGGAAGAAAAAUAUUUAAAAAUAACAAUAAUAAGUCAGGUGUCUACGUAUAUUACAGUAAGUGUAACUGGACCGGUUAUGUGUGGGGAGGCAAGACCCGUUAUUACUUCAGAUUUCGUGAUUCGGCGUCAACCAAUGCUUACAAGCAUGCUGGUAACUACGAUGAGUAUCAAGUUGAGUACACCAGUACUACCAGCAAUUUCGCCGGUAUUGUCUGCAUUGAAGACUGACCUGAUAUUAAUAGAUUGUCGUCAAGUAGUUUCUCUAUUAGUAUUUCUGUUUGUUCCAAUUGUCAGCUGUAUUGCUUCUUUCAGGCAGUCUUGCUAAAGUAGUUUUGGUUGACUUGUUUGUAACGCUGUAAGACUAUCCUGGAUUUAAUCAACGGCAGCAACAAAAAUGUGUA